CAAUUCCUUGUCUCUAACACCGGCUUCGCUAGACUAUGAUCCUGAGAAUACCCCUAGAUGGGAUUACUUAGCUUGCUAUGGGUUGGCAUUGCGGCCGCUGUAGCCAUUCUGUCUUUGUCCAUCCAGACGCCAAGCCUUUACCUUUCCCAUCUGCUCACGUUUAUCGGUGGCAUCCUCUUCCUCCCUGCCUCGAAAGCACUUUUUGCCCGACUGAAACGAUGGAAAGAAGAGCUUGGCACGGAAAACGAUGCCGAAAAUCCUCUCUAUGGCCUUGACCAUGCACGAUUGCACCUUAAGACAUCUCCUCCCCCGAUGUGGAUGAACAUGGGAUACUGGGAUAGAAAGGCCUGUUUCCCCAACUGUGUUCCAGGUGAACACGGCAAAAGCAAACCAAUCAGCCUUGCAGUGGCAUCCAGGACGCUCCUCUCAGAAGUCCUCAAAACAGCCGGAUUUUCCGUCGAGAAAGACGGCAAGCAUAUUGCCCGGAUGGGCAGGGUACCUUCCCGAGCACUACUAGACCUAGGUUUUGGCUGCGGCGAGCAAACAAUGUACCUGUGCAGUCUUGAUCCAAUCCGCGAGUCUGACAAACAAUGGUGGGAUUCGCACGAAUCAGUGCCGCAGCUUGACUUCUACGUGGGCAUCACCAAGAAUAGGAAGCAAUACCAGUAUGCUCAAUCGGGCGUUCAGGUACUCACUGAACGUCUCUCUGGAGGCCAACCUUACGCUGAACUACCUACCGGAUACUCCAAGCACCCAAGGCCGAUAGACAUCCGCUUAUUCUGCGCCGAUGCCAGCAACCCCGACUCCUGGAACGCAGAACUCAAGCAGCACAUCCAAGACACCAUCUCUCAAGCCGAAGAGACCUGGGUCCUAGCCCUAGAUACCCUCUACCAUUUCUCCCCCUCCCGCUGGCCUAUACUCACGUUUGCCAGCCACACUCUCAAAGCCUCAUUCAUGGCCUUCGACCUCUGCCUCGCUGACAACAUAUCCCUCCCCAACCUGCUCCUGCUCCGCCUCGUGACUAAGCUCAUGGGUGCGCCCUGGGCUAAUUUCGGCACUGUCGAGACCUAUCGGACGCGGUUGAGGGAAAUUGGAUAUCGAGAUGUUACGGUCAGGGACGUCUCGGAGCACGUAUUUGCUCCGCUGGCUGCGUUUCUGGAGGCUCAGGAUGAGGGGUUGAAACGUGUUGGGCAUGGUUUGGGUCCGUUUCAUGUUGCGAAGUGGAUGUUUGAUUGGUGGGGGCGCACGGGGAUUGUGAGAGGUGUUAUUGUUGUUGCGAAGAUGUGAAGUAAGCGUGGGGAAUGUGUGGUCAGGUUUAUGAUGCCAGUGAGAUCAUGAAAUAAGUUGCGCUGAGACGUUGUCGUUGAUGGAUAGGCCAGCAAGAGGCUCGAAUGGAAGAUGACCCCUGAUUACGUAUGCACUCGUGUCUUCAGUGCUGCGUCCGCAUCAUCCAUAGUAUUAACGGC